UAAUGGCCGCCGCCUGUAAAAUGGAGUGAGGAUGACGCAUGUCGGUGAAUCGGACAUCCUCUCACGAUUUAUUUGACGUUGUGUCAUUGUGUGAACAGAACAAUUAGUCCAGAACGAGUCAUUCUCAUCACAUACAGUAUUUUGGCAUUUACAACCCCUGUCGGCGUAGUCAUGGAUACAUCGGUGAAAUCCAGCGAGUCGGAGGACAGCAGUCCUGCCUUCAAACCUGAUGAGUCUUUAGUGCAGGUUCUCGUCCAGUCUCUGGCAUUUAGCAGGAAUGCUGCCAUCAAGGGUCUGUAUUACACUGGAAACUACAAUGCUGAUUUGGCUGCAGCUUGGAUUAUGGACAACCAGGAAAAGCCAGACCUUGACAGUCCACUUCAGGAGGAUGCAGGUGACUCGGAUGACAGUGAGGAAGAUUAUUUUCCAGAGGGCGUUGAUUUCUACAAGAUGGUAUUUGUCGUAAACUCGGAGUUGAACAUGGGCGUUGGAAAGAUAGCUGCCCAAGCUGCACAUGCGGCCCUUGGACUCCACAGAAUCCUGUUGGAGACACCACAAAAGUUUGGACAAAUGCUCAUGAGCUGGGAACAGUUUGGAGAAACAAAAAUUGUCCUGAAGGGAGACAACUCCACACAGCUGAUGGACCUAACGAGUAAAGCUGAAGGCCUUGGGCUUCCCAACUAUCUAGUCCAUGAUGCUGGCAAAACACAGAUUGCAGCAGGAUCUGUAACAGUCCUGGGAAUAAUGGGAAAGAUCGACGUCGUUGACAACGUGACAGGCAGUCUCAAGUUGCUUUGAAAAUUGACGUAGGAUCCUGGUAUGGAAGCAUUAAUUGCGUUUAACCGUGAUGGCCUUGCUUGCGCUGUGAUAAUCAUGUACAAGACACUGAUGCUAAUAAGAUCUGAAUCAUCAGAAAGCUUAUAAACAGAAUAGCUACUUAAACACGAAUUUUCAAAGCACCUGAUGAAACUUUAAAAUUUGAGUGAUUUUUAUUGUAUUUUUCAAUUUUGAUACAUGUAUUUGAUUUUAAACCGAGUACAAUCUGUCAAAACUGGAUACUUGAGGGACCAACCAAUUUGGCCAGUUAGGAGAAAAUCCCAUAUUGUAGAUUCUACUAAAUCAAAAAAUUAAAUUAUACAUUGAUUUUUUGGGAACAAGUGCUUUCACUGGUUUAGACAAAAUUUGGUUUAGAAAGAUCACACUUUUUAGAAUUAAAAUGUACUAAGAACUGUAGAAUUUAGGUAUUGGUUCUGUCAUGAGAAAACACACUGAUCCAGAGCAGAUCAUAAGUGGAACCCUGGGAUUUUUAACCACUACCAAAGCAUAAUGGAAAACCCUUAGAAAAUUGUAGUCAUAUACUGUAUUAUCCUACAAUAAGCCCCCUCCUCUAGUAAACAAUUAGUAUUCAAGUUUGGGAGGGCUAUUUGUGAACCAGUUUUAGCUUUCUAUUUUUCAAAAUUGAUGAUUCUGCAGAAAUGAAGAAGGGGGUUAUUUACAGAUAUGGUAUGAUAACCAGAUGAUUGUAUGAUUGGUUACUGGCCAUCGUAUUUUGUAUUUUAGUCCCAUUUCACAGAAAUGUAGUCAGUGUUUUGUAAAACUGUUUUUUAGCUCACACUGAUCCAUAGGAUUGCUGAGCUUAUGAUAUUGUUUAUUUCUGCAGUUUUAGGCAUUACAUGAAUUUAUCAGUUGUGAAUGUUGUCACAUUUACUCACAUUGAUGGAAAAUUGUGUAUUUCGCUUAUAUUUGCUAAUAUAAUUUAUCCAGUAUUUUUUCACUAGUCAAGCUGGUAAACAUGUUUGGUACUCCAGGGGUUAUGUUCACUUUCAAUCCGAAUUCACUACACCCCUGGCAUAUGUCAUGGUAAAAUUGAAGGCUCGAUCACCGUCAUCUUAUGAAUUAAACAAAAGUCCAGUUUGAUUAUUUGAUACACAGCAAACAAAUCUUAAGGUCAGAAUACUGGUUGUCACCCCUUUGUGACCUUGCAAAGAAAGGCAUCAGCCUUGCAAUUGAUCAGGUUGUUUUCCUGGCACCUAUCAAAUAGCUAGUUUGUGCCUUUUUGAUUUUGCCACACUAGGGUCGCAAAGAGUGAAAAUGAACAUAACGAUCCUGGAGUAUUAAGGAUGGGUAUUAAAGAGCUGUGGAUGAAAAGAAUGUGAAAUAGGUUCUUUCAGACUUGAAGUAGGAAUUUAAACUGAAUCACGGUUUUAGCAUGAAUUUGGUUACAUGGAUGCUGGCUAAGGGUGUAAUUGUCAUGAAACUCCAGCCAGAAUUCUUGUGUCACUAUCUGACCAUUUUUCUUGUAACUAGUCAAAAGUCUUGACAUUUAGAAUGGUGUGUUGCUUUAAAUUCUGUCUCAAGUUCAUACAUGUACGUGUAAUCCAAAAUGAUGUGAGACAUUUUCUAUCACUGAAAUGACGAGUCUGGCAUGGGCAGGUUAUAAAUUUGAGAAAAAGACGUUUUUCCUGAAUGCAAACUUGUGUGUUGAGUGUGUGGAUCACUUAAACAUUUGUUAUGAUAAAGAGUAUACUAUUUGUAUCAUGCUUUAAAUUAUUGUUGAUAUAUCAUACUAGUAUGAGAGUUAUUAUGUCCCAGGUGAAAACUUAAUAUUGUUUUCCACAUUUGAUGUCGUGUAUAUUGAAGUAGGCUUUAGAUGCGAUGUUUGCAUAUUUAUAAAUCAUCAUGCUUGUCCCAUCGCAUGCUUUCAGAAACCAUUUAAAAAGAGAACUAUCAAUCAACAUAUUCAUACUAGUCAAAAUUUUAUUCUGUUUUUAAAUUUAUGAAUAAGAUAUUCAUAAUUAAAUAUUUAUGCUGUAAAAUAUUGAAGAAUGAUAGCAUUAAAACAUUUAAAAUUUUGCAGGCUAAUUGUUUUUCUUAAGAAAUAUUUUCAGAAGUAGAUCUAGCUGAAACAUUGAAAUUUUUUUUAUAUAAUUGCAUUAAAUAAAAUGCAAAUUUUAUGGGCUGUUUUUCUCAAGUAACAAUGAUCUUCAGUCCUUGAAGUUUAGUUUUGUUUUAUUAGAAUAAGUCAUUAUAUAAAAUGUAAUUUUUGGAGAAUUUGUGAUUAUACAUGAGGAUAUCAGGGACUUGGCAUAAGUUUCUGACCCACAGUUCAUAUAGAUGUAUUAUGCAUACAUUUGUUCGUAUCACUGCAUACAUACCCUGAGCUAAGACACAUACAAAUGUAUAUGGGCUGUGUAAUGGAAAGUCGUGCCAAGUCCCUGUGUAUAGGAAUAGCUACGGUGUAUCUCCACCAAGUACAAAUGAUUUUGUAGUUCUCUUUUAACAAUUUUAAAAACUAACUGGUUAAUUAAUUCUGAUUUGUCUAUAGUUGGGACCAGAGUAUUUGAAAUGUUUCACAUAUACCUAACAUUAAUUAUGAAUUUCACAUCAUGAUCUAAAAAAAA